CCUGCAAGAUUACCAAUAUCAAACACACAAAAAAGAAAAGAAAAAUGACAGCAUUAAGAUCACUACUAAACGUUUCAUUGUUACUUCCUGUUCUUCUGCUCUCCCUUCCAUGGAUGCCAACUUCAGCAUCUUCUUCAGGUUAUGAAGAUAAUUUCUUUCAAUGUCUGUUGAACCUUUCUCAGCCUUCACAUCCAAUUACUUCUGCAAUUUUUGCUCCAGACAAUGCUUCAUACUCAUCUGUCUUGCAAUCUUAUAUUCGAAACCUUCGAUUUAACAUGUCCUCAACCCCGAAACCACUCCUUAUCGUUACUGCAUUGCAUGAAUCUCAUGUUCAAGCAUCCGUCGUUUGCGCCAGGAAACAUGGUCUGCAAAUGAAGAUCCGAAGCGGAGGCCAUGACUACGAGGGCGUUUCGUAUGUCUCCGAUGUCCCUUUCUUCGUCCUCGACAUGUUCAAUCUUCGAGCUGUAGAUGUUGAUGUAGAAAGCGAGACUGCUUGGGUUCAGGCUGGAGCAAUCCUUGGUGAAGUUUACUACAGAAUUGCUGAGAAAAGUAAGGUUCAUGGCUUUCCAGCUGGUAUUUGCCCUACAGUUGGUGUUGGAGGUCAUUUGAGUGGGGGUGGUUACGGUAACAUGAUGAGAAAGUACGGACUUUCUGCCGAUAACAUAAUCGAUGCCCAACUCGUUGAUGUCAAUGGCAGGCUUCUUGAUAGAAAAUCCAUGGGAGAAGAUCUUUUCUGGGCUAUCAGAGGCGGCGGAGGAGCUAGCUUCGGAGUAGUAAUAUCAUACAAAAUAAACAUUGUCCGCGUUCCAGAAGUGGUAACUGUGUUUCGAGUACAAAGAACUCUGGAACAGAAUGCAACUGACAUUGUCGAUAAAUGGCAACAUGUUGCCUAUAAUCUGGACGAUGAUAUCUUCAUCAGGCUUACUUUAGAAGUCGUUAAUGCAACUCAGGGCAAUGGAAAAACAGUCAGGGCCACGUUCAGAUGUAUGUUUCUUGGAGACUCUGCACGACUUCUUGCAACCAUGAAGGAAAGUUUUCCUGAAAUGGGUUUGGUUCAAUCUGAUUGUUUGGAAAUGAGUUGGCUUGAGUCGGUCCUGUUCUGGACAGACUUCGCAAUGGGAACUCCAACUACUGCUUUGCUUAGACGAACUCCACCAUCAAUUACCUACUUGAAGAGGAAAUCAGAUUAUGUGAAGAAACCAAUUCCAAGAGACGGGUUGGAGAAGCUUUGGCAGAAAAUGGUGGAGCUUCAAGUGCCAUCGUUAGCAUUCAAUCCUUAUGGGGGCAAAAUGGGUGAAAUUCCAUCUACAGCACUUCCAUUUCCACACAGAACUGGUAAUUUAUGGAAGAUUCAGUAUGCAACAAACUGGAAUGUGGAAGGAACUGAAGCAGCAAAUCACUACAUAGAUUUAACAAGGCAACUAUAUGACUUCAUGACUCCUUAUGUGUCAAAGGAUCCAAGGGAAGCCUUCCUGAAUUACAGAGAUCUUGAUCUGGGUAUUAACCAUAAUGAUGGUAAGAAGAAAAGCUACUUAGAAGGGAGAACUUACGGAAUCCAAUAUUUUAAAGAAAACUUUGACAGGUUGGUCCAGGUCAAGACCAAAGUUGAUCCUGGUAAUUUCUUUAGAAAUGAACAAAGCAUUCCUACUUUUCCUUACUGGAAGUAGAAGGAAUCUAUAGGUUUAUAUUUAGCUACCUGAUUGCUUGGAUAUAGAAUAAUUAUAAAGUGUUUGAAACUUGUAAACAAUUUAUGCCUUUAUGAUUAUUUGGAAAUAUUCAUCUUUGUUGUAGAUUGUUUUAUUAAUUUUACAUUGUUUUCUAUAUUUCCUUAAA